CAUCUUCCUUCUUUAAAUUAACAUCUUAAUUAAUUAAUUAAAAUACAUGAAAGUUUUAGUGGAUGGAGAUGUUUCCUCGUUUUUCAGCUUUUUUUAUCUUCUGACAGAUUGAAAACCCCUUCCCCUGGCAGGCCUCAUCAAAUGCCAUUUUUUUUUUCCUUUUCCUUUUAAUUUUAAUUUUAUUACCAGAAAACCAACAAACACAUAUACAUACAUAUAUCUACAUCUAUCUUUCUCUAAAGUUGUUUGCAGGAGUUAGCAAAUAAAAAGGAGGCUGGCUGCAUCAGUUGAUUUGAAAAGGAAGGUCAAAUCAGUGAAGUUGCAUAUAUUUUUCUUAUCUUUUCGCAGAUGAUAACGGGGCACGUGCAUACUCAGAUUUCCAUCAUACAAGGAUUUAACUGAGAAGUCUAUUAAUUACAGUAACAAAAUUCCUUUAAUGGGUUGAAUACCACACCUAGUUUUGCUCUCUCCCAGCACCCGUCCGCUAAUUGUGCUACUGAUCAUCUAGAGAAAGAGAGAGUGUGUGUGUUUAUUGGACGUGAAGCAGUGUAACGUAGUCCCUUUUGAGUGACAUAAAAGGCACAUACAUACACAAAGAAACUAAUUGAUGGCAACGUACUUUAACGGAAACUCUGAUAUCCAAGCUGAUGGGUUACAAACGCUGAUUCUCAUGAAUCCUGGCUAUGUUGGAUACUCUGACACUCAAACCCCGCCACCGCCCAACUUCACUAAUUUACCUCACGCGCCGCCCAAUCACACCACACAACUUGUGGGUAUCCCUCUCACAGCGGCCACUUUUUCCUCUUCUGCUUCUGCAUCAGCCUCAUCCCAUGGUCCCCACCCUCCAUCCGUCCACACCCAACACGAUUUCUCAGCAUUCCACGGUCUCAUCCCACGUGUUCACUACAAUCUAUACAAUUCAAUUGACCAUACUACGGAGGCGCGUGAUGUGUCACGCGCCAAGCAGGAACUGUCUUUGAGCCUCUCCUCCCAGCAACCACAAUAUGGGUCUUACAGGGCUGAACGUGAAGGUCCUUCUCAGGCCAACCUGCCCACAAUUUCACCGACGUCCGGCAACAAUGUGCGGGUUUCAGACGGAUUGGGUUCGUCAGCAUCUGGGAUUUCAAAUGGUGCUAGUGGAACGCAGAGUGGGGUGUUGGGUUCCAAGUAUUUGAAGGUGGCACAAGAGCUUCUUGAUGAAGUUGUUAGAGUGGAUGAGGCUCUCAACAAUGAAUCAGCUGCCAAGGGGACUGCUACUGGGCUGACCAUGAGAACUGGAAAACCGUCAGCCUCCGAAACCACUGCGGGAGGAGGAGCCACGAACUCAAAAGGCAGUGCCGAGCUUACCACGGCAGAGAGACAGGAAAUUCAGAUGAAGAAGGCAAAACUUGUCAACAUGCUAGAUGAGGUGGAGCAAAGAUACAGACAGUACCACCAUCAAAUGCAUAUUGUAAUAACUUGGUUUGAGCAAGUAUCUGGAAUUGGAUCUGGAAAAACAUACACAGCUCUGGCACUAAAAACUAUCUCAAAGCAAUUCCGGUGCCUCAAAGACUCGAUAACAAGCCAAAUUCGAGCUGUGAGCAAGUGCUUAGGGGAAGAGGAUUGUUUUGGAGGUGGGAAGAUUGAGGGUUCAAGACUUAAAUUCGUGGAUCAUCAGCUCCGGCAACAAAGAGCUCUACAACAGUUGGGAAUGAUCCAGCAUAAUGCCUGGAGACCCCAGAGAGGAUUGCCUGAGCGAUCCGUUUCUGUUCUUCGUGCUUGGCUCUUCGAACACUUCCUCCACCCUUAUCCCAAGGAUUCGGACAAACUCUUGCUCGCGAAACAAACAGGACUUACAAGAAGUCAGGUGUCAAAUUGGUUCAUAAAUGCUAGAGUUAGGUUGUGGAAGCCAAUGGUAGAAGAAAUGUACACGGAGGAAGUGAAGGUACAAGAAGAGCAGCAGAAUGGAUCAGAGGACAAAACAAGCAAAAGUGAAGCCAACGGAGAUUCAGCAUUAAACUCCAUUGCUUUCCAAGAGAUUGAAAAUCAGAAUAAGAGUUUCAUGUCCAAACAAGACAAUGCCAAAAACAAGAAGACUAAUAAUGUUUCGUCAAUUUCCAUUUCUACAGCCUCAACAUCAUCUCCCACUGGAGUAAAUAUCCGAAACCAGACUGGUCGACUGCCACUCAUUGGAGCAUCAGAAAUGGAACAAGGCAUUGCACAAGCAAGUCCAAAAAGACAUAGGAACAUUGAAAUGUUGCAGUCCCCCCAAAAUAGUGGUUCAUCAAUGGAUGAUCAGGUGUCCAUGAAAUUUGGCAAUGAGAGGCAGAGCAGAGAGAGUUUUAGUUUAAUGGGAGCCCCUACAAACUUAAUUGGAGGAUUUGGGUCAUACCAGAUUGGGGAAAUGACAAGGUUUAGUGCGGACCGACUCCCCUCAGCCUACUCGGGCAAUGCUGUUUCUCUGAGUCUUGGUCUCCCACAUUGCGAUAACCUCUCCAUGUCAGGUACCCAUCAAAGUUAUCUCCCUAACCAAAACAUCCAAUUGGGGAGAGGUGAAGAAAUUCGUGAACCGAAUGAGUUUGGCACUAUAAACUCUCCCACUUCUUCUCACUCCACAGCCAUUUAUGAAAGCAUCAAUAUUCAGAACCGCAAGAGGUUUGCAGCAGCACAGUUGUUGCCAGACUUUGUGGCCUUAUAAUUAAAAGAGGCAAGUAUUGGUGAAGAAAGAGGCAAGACGAAAAAAGAGGUACCUUUAAGGUGUCUGAUGGUCCGUCUCUCUAUUUCCUUAUAAAUCUGUCUAUUAGCAUGGUAGUGUAGAAAGAAGAAAAUUUACUUAAUUAGUAUAGGCCUAUACUUUGCUUCGAGUUCUUGUAGAAGUAAAGUUUAUAGGAUUGUAUAUUAUUUUUGUAACUUCUGCAUUAGUAAUAUAUUUUGGGGGUAUAGAAUUGAUUAUUGCUCUUAAAUGAAA